AUGGUAAAACGCAAUGGUGGUAGGGAGCCGCAGGCCAGGAAAACAAAGAAGCCUAAGCACAGAAGAGGAGGGCGUGAAGCCCUUUCGGUGGAGCAAGUGAUUCACUUCUACUUUGUCCUCUUGCGUGACGUCAAUUGUGCAUUCGCGGCGGUGAUGUUCGUUUUGGGCCUGAUGCUAGGCGAGCGAGCCGAACUCUUGUGCAAUAUGCAAGACACCUGGUUCGCUGGCCUUGAUGCCUCCCACGGCCAGCUUCCCACGUGCACCAUUCGACCAGUCAAUAAAAAAACCAAGUGUCGAGAAGUGCCUUUGGAAUCUGGCUUCGGACAAGUCAUGUGGCAGUGGGUGACAGGCGGCAAGCCACUGCUAGGCGGACAAGAGGGAGAAGAUCGCACACAGUGGCCGCAUCAAGGACAAAUGCUGUUUCAACCCAGGCGGACAAGACGAAUCGGCAAGCAACAACCGGGACGCUAUUUGUUUCCGGGCAGGACCCUAGGAGGGAACAAUGUGCGUGCAUGGAGAACGCCUAUUACCACGCGUGGUUUCUUUGGCAAAUUUCAAGCAGCACAAGCGGUCAUCGUGAAACAGCUCCAACAGGCACGCCAAGAAGGCCAGAGGCAUCCGUUUGAUGGCAUUGACAUCAAAAAGUGA